UUGUUUCCCAAGUUGAAUUUGCUGCUCGGUUCACAUGCUGCAGAAGUUAUUGGCACUCGGCAGUUAGAAGAAAGUGGCCCGUGAGGUGGUCGUUUUCAUAAACCUAUUUUUUGUUUGUUUGUGUAUAAAGUAAGCUGCUCUUUUGGUGGUAUUUCGACAGCCAUGUCUCACAAACAGAUCUAUUACUCGGACAAGUAUUCCGACGAUCUCUAUGAAUACAGGCAUGUUAUGUUACCAAAGGAACUUGCAAAACAGGUGCCCAAAACUCACCUAAUGUCUGAAGAAGAAUGGAGAAGACUGGGUGUUCAGCAGAGUCUUGGCUGGGUGCAUUACAUGAUUCAUGAACCAGAGCCACACAUUUUGUUGUUUAGACGACCUCUCCCAAAAGACUGAACAUUCUGGAAUCGUUUGGAUCUUCUGGGACUACAUAUUUAAAGUGGUAUUCAGUGAAUACUUGGAUGUGUACAAACUACUUGUCAUCUCCUCUGCAUCAGCUGUAUUCUUCACAGCAACAGAGCUCCAUAUAAUACAGAUAAGCAGAAUUAUUGGAUGUCUCAAUGGAUGUUAAAGGGGCUAAAAUUUGUUAAAAGAUGUAAUGCUGUUGACAAAGUGUGUUUUGGAAUGUGCUUACUAUGUUUGUCUUUCCUCCUUUUCCUUUCCGCUCUUUUCAAUAAAGUUAAUAUUUUCUUAUUUCAUUUAUGAAUGUGCAUUGUUUUUCAUAAUAUCUCCAGUUUAAAGAAAUGUAUUUGGUAAUGAGGUUAAAGUAAAGUACUAUUUCCAUGGUACAAGUCAAAAAGAUGCACUGUUUUUAAAUCUUAAAUGCUCAGUUUUGAAAAUGUCAUAAGUGUUUGGCAUCUUGCAUUCCAAGGCUGUAUAAAUCCCAAUUAUGUCUCUUCUGCUGCUUUAUAUCUAUAGCUACUAAACUAGACCUAGCUAUCUGAAAAAUUUUUAUAUAAAGGACUUCUGAUGUCUGACACAACUUGAUUUUGUACUCAUUGGGUAUUUUGUCUUUGGGUGUUCAUUUAAUUUAUACCAGGUAGAUUCAAUUGUUUAUCCUCACUAGUUUUAACUAGACUAUAUGUAAUUAAUAGUAGAUGACUCAAUACUUCAUUAACUCCAAGCAUGGAGAAACUACUGCAGUUUUGUUUGUCAAAAUACUUUGAGUUUUAAGUUAACUUUUUUGUAAGCAAGGUAAAGUGUAGCUAGAAAUAUCACAUCUGCAUGUCCGUGUGAGAGCAGCCUAAGGUUUUUCUAUACAUUUGGUUGCACUUUUCCAGAAGUUUCUACAGACUUAGUAGAAUUUUUAAUGCAUAGAUAAAUCUUUCUUCAGUUAUCAUUGUUUAGAGUUUUAAAAACAAAUCCAGAACUAGAUUAUAGCCCUCCAGCUAUUAAGGCAUCACUAUUAUUAGAAGUCAUUAAUUUCUUAGAUCUAUAUAAACUUGUGCUUCGUACACAUUGCCUACUUUUAUAAAUGUAGGCAUCUGUAAUUCCUGAUAAAUGUGCCUGGCUUCCAGACAUAAAGGGUAACCUAAGCUUGAGACCAAAGAAGUGGGAUCACAUUUUGCAAGUUCAAGAUAGCACAUGGAGUAGUUUCUAGUCCAAGACUACAUGCUCUUGUAACUUUCAUGUACCUUUUUUCUUUUUUUUUUCCUUGUACGGUUGUUGGAAAAUUUGUGACAUUUUCACUUAAUAAACCUACUUUUUAAAUGCUGAA